AUGUGGACCUCAACCGCCGGCCUGCAGGGCAAAAAACUGCACUGGGCCAUCACCUUCACCUCCGUCAUGGGCUUCUCCCUCUUCGGCUACGACCAGGGCCUGAUGUCCGGUAUCAUCUCUGGUACCCAGUUCACCAAAGAGUUCCCCGUUCUCAACAUCCCCGAGGGCUCGAGCCGCGCGUACUCCCAACACGUCUCCGUCCUCCGCGGCGCCGUCACGGCCUGCUACGAGAUCGGCUGUCUCUUCGGCGCAAUCUUCACCCUCCUGUUUGGCAACAGGAUCGGCCGCACUCGUCUGAUGGUCGCUGGCGGCAUCAUCAUGACCAUCGGCGCCGUUAUCUCUGUCGCUGCUUUCGGUCCUCAAUGGGGUCUGGGCCAGUUCGUCGUGGGCCGUGUCAUUUCCGGCCUUGGAAAUGGCAUGAACACGGCCACGAUCCCCGUCUGGCAGUCGGAAUGCUCUCGCGCCCAUAACAGAGGUUUCCUCGUCUGCUUCGAGGGUGCCAUCAUUGCCGUCGGCACGUUCGUUGCCUACUGGAUCGACUUUGGUCUCUCCUACGUCGAAACUUCGGUCCAGUGGCGGUUCCCCGUGGCCUUCCAGAUCAUCUUUGCUUUGAUCACGUCGGCCGGUGCUCUCGUGCUGCCCGAGUCCCCCCGGUGGUUCAUCUCCAAAGGCCAUGACGACGAGGCCUGCUAUAUCCUCGCAAAGCUCAACGACACUGUCCCGACGGACGAGCUUGUCCUCCGCGACUUCAACCUGAUGAAGGCCGACCUGCAAUCCUCGCAGAGCUCCGAGGCUUCUUGGAAGAGGCUCUUCACCUUUGGCAAGACCCAGGAGUUCCAGCGCAUGAUGCUCGGUUGCUCUGGCCAAUUCUUCCAGCAAUUCACCGGCUGCAACGCCGCCAUCUACUACUCAACCCUGCUGUUCGAACAGAACAUCAAACUCGGCCACCGUCUCUCCCUGGUCCUGGGUGGUGUCUUCGCCACGGUCUAUGCGCUGGCGACGAUUCCCUCCUUCUUCAUGAUCGAGAAGGUCGGCCGCCGUAAGCUCUUCCUGAUCGGCUUCCUCGGCCAGGGUCUCAGCUUUAUCAUCACCAUGGCCUGCCUGACUCACCCCACCAAGCAGAACUCCAAGGGUGCUGUCGUCGGCAUCUUCCUCUUCAUCGUGUUCUUCGCCUUCACCAUCCUGCCUCUGCCCUGGAUCUACCCGCCCGAGAUCAACCCCCUGCGCACCCGUACCGCCGCCGCCGCCGUGUCGACCUGCACCAACUGGCUCACCAAUUUCGCCGUGGUCAUGUUCACGCCCGUCUUCUCUGACGCCAGUCCCUGGGGGAUCUAUCUGUUCUUCGCAUUGAUCAACCUGAUCGCCGUGCCGUUUGGCUGGUACUUCUACCCGGAGACAGCCGGCCGCCAGCUGGAGGAGAUCGACCUGAUCUUCGCAAAGGCCCAUAUCGAGAAGAAAUGGCCGUACCAAAUCGCCGAGACGAUGCCCAAGCUCAGCUAUGACGAGAUCACCCGCAUGUCUGCCGAGCUGGGCUUGACUCUUCCUGAGGCGGAGCUCCACGCUGCGCCGGAAAAGAUGGAAAUCGGCCUCAGCGACUCCGAUGGCCAGGAGAAGCAAACUGCUGUUCAUGACUCUUAG